AUGGCCCCCCUGCACGGAGUCCUUCUGAGCCUGGGGCUCCUCUCUCCGCCCUCCAUCUCGGCCCAGCCGGACCCUGACAUAUCCUGGGGCCAGCCCGUGACCUUGGUGUGCCGGGGUCCUGCUGGGACCAACACAUUCCGGCUAGAGAAGCAGAACAACAUGUACAGCUGCGCAGAUCCAACCCAUGAGCAAUGCAAAUACACGGAUCUGACAUGCCCGUCCCUGGUGCUCGUGUACAUCAUUCCCACGGCCGCCCUUGCCUUCCUCCUGCUCAUCCUACUGCUUCUCCUCCUCUUGCACCAGUGCUGGAAGCGCGAUCUGGUCAAAGUGGAUGGUGCCCUGAUGCUGGGCAGGAACAGGGCCUCGCCGACGCCUGCAGCAGGAGGCCCCCAGGAAGUGACCUACGCCCAGCUGGAUCACCGCACCCUCACUCAGAGGCCCCAGGGGUUCAUCUCUCCACCCUCCAUCUCAGCCCAGCCGGGCCCUGACAUACCUUGGGGCCAGCCCGUGACCUUGGUGUGCAGGGGUCCUGCUGGGACCAACACAUUCCGGCUAGAGAAGCAGUACAACAAGUACAACUGUGAAAAUCCAACCCAUGAGCAAUGGAACUACACGGAUCUGACAUGCGAGACAGAGGCCCAGUUCCUCAUCCCGACAGUGAAUGAAAGAUCCGUGGGCUUUUACCGCUGCCUCUACCAUAGAGAGGGCCUCUGGUCUAAUCGUAGUGACCCUCUGGAGCUGGUGGUGAGAACUGAGGACGUCUCUGAUCGAACGCCCGGCCCGUCCCUGGACCUCGCAUACGUCAUUCCCACGGCCGCCCUUGCCUUCCUCCUGCUCAUCCUACUGCUCCUCCUCCUGUUGCACCAGUGCUGGAAGCGCGAUCUGGCCACAGUGGAUGGUGCCCUGAUGCUGGACAGGAACAGUGCCUCACCGACUGCAGACCCCACAACCAAGGACUGCACCUAUGCCACCCUGGCCCCACUAUGA